AUGGUCGGAAAGGCAACUAGUGAAGGCCAGAAGACUAAUACUUUUAUUGACAUUUACCAGGUCAAUCUGGGUCAAAAUGCCCCAAUCUACCAAGAGGGAACCGGCAACGUAGCCUCAGACUCGCUUGCCGCUGAGUCUUAUCGCGAAGGUGGCGAGUUUGCCUCAAAUCGCGAGGCUGCACCACAUGAGACCGAAACCAGAGCAAGACAGACAGAGUAUGGCAGUGGACCUGCGUCUACAGGCAACACCUCGUCAGGAGGCAUUCCAUCAUCUGAGCAGGGACAAGCCGCCCCGACAUACGUCAACAAUCAGUUCACCCGCGACGAAGACGGUCCGCAUGGCAAGAAUCUGCACGAGGGUGGUUUCGCCGGGUCUGGGCCAGGCAAUAGCAUCCAAGCUGAACCGGGAUCAAAGCACGAUCCGGCAAGGCUAGCAGAGCAGAAAUUCAACUUGAAACAGACCCAUCAGGGGACUGGUACGGGACCGAGGCAGGCGGGUAUCAGUGGUGAGCAGACUUACGAUGCGCUGUACCCAGAGACCUCAUCAUAG